AUGGAGAUCUGCCUCUGGUCGAUUGUCGCCAUGAGCCAAGCCGCCAUGACAAGCCGAUCAGGAUUUUUUGCAACGCGUGCACUAUUGGGUAUCCUCGAGGGCGGUUUCAUCCCCGAACUCAUCCUCUUCCUGAGCUACUUUUACACCUCCAAAGAACUGCCUAUCCGCCUAAGCUUCUUCUGGACCGCGCUUAGUGUAACUGGCAUCAUCAGCUCUCUCCUUGCUUUUGGGAUUUUUCACCUUGAGGGUGCCCAUGGAGUGGCUGGCUGGAAAUGGCUGUUCUUACUGGGAGGGCUGAUCACUCUUGUAAUUGGGAUCGCUUCAUUUUUCAUGAUGCCCGCUUCGGCCGUCCAGACGAAGACUUGGUUUAGGCGGCUGGUUUACUUCCCGCGAGGAGGCUAUUCUGGUUAA